AUUUCUUUUCACUGUGCCUCCUCCAGCUUCUAAAAUUGAUGCUUUUUGUUUCUCUUCCCAUAGAUUUUAUCUGUUUAUUAUUAUUUUGUGUAAUUAGUGAUCUAGUCUUCUGCUAAUAAUCAACGAUGGAAUUUGAGUAGUUUCAUGAUUCCUGCAUUCUCUUGCAAUUUUCUUUCUUAUUUUGCCAUGUUUUCCAUAGCUGUAUAAACCAGCCUAUUAAAUUUACAACGGCUUAGCAGUCGUGUGGGUCAUAGUUAGUUCUCUCAUAGCUUCUUUUUCUUCUGUUUUGGCCGUAAAUCAUCACUCUUGUCAUUGUGUAUUUAUGGCUCUUGUCAUGGGGUGGCUUUAAUGUUCAUACCUUCAUUUGUUCUUAUUCACUCCUUUUGAGAUGGAAAGAGAAUUGCUUUGAUGACAUUUAUUACUGUUUAUUACCCUUCUUUGCUGGGUUGUUCAGUGGACAUCUUUUCUUUCGAUUGCCCACGCAAUUUACUGUCGAUAACGACCUCUCGGCUUUUCCUUUCAGGUUUAGCUGUAGAUUCCCCUUUUAAUCUUUCUUUUCUUGUUUCCCUUAUUUCAAUGACUUCAUUCUUUUGGUGUUUGUUUUAGACGCUCAAAGAAGCUUAUUUCAUCAUAUUCAGGCAGAUUAAGCAAAUUAUUUGGUAAAUCAACUGGUUCUACAAGACAUAUCAAAGUAAUAUUCAAUGACUUCCCAGGCGGGGCUGAAAGUUUUGAGCUUAUCUCAAGGUUCUGCUACAACAAUGGUAGAAUUGAUAUAACUCCUUACAAUAUCUCACUCCUCCAUUAUGCAGCACAAUACAUGGAAAUGAACAAUUCUGUGUCUGGUUCUCAAAACUUAAUGGAACAGAUUGAGAAAUCACUUCAAGAGAUCAAUGAUUGGACAUGGUUGGAAGUAUUGGUCGCUGUAAAGCAGUGCCAAGGUUUAUUUCCCCCAAUGGAUUGUUCAGUUAUUCUUGAGAAAUGUAUGGAUUCUAUUAUUGGAAGGAUAUUUUCAUCUAGUGAAUCAAGUCCAUCUCUAUCUAAUUUUUCCCAUGAUAGCUCUGGCAUUCGGUUUUCUUGUGAAACUAGAAGUACUGAGAGUUUGAAGAGUAGCUUUUCUCGAGCAACAUGGUGGUUUGAGGAUCUUUUGGUUUUGAGUCCAGAAUUGGUUGAAAUGGUGAUAAAAUCCAUGGUCUUACAGAAGUUUGAUCAUGCCAUCAUUAGUAGGUUUCUCAUUUAUUAUCAGAAAUCAAAGUUCUAUACUGCAACAUCUGAUGAGAAACGAAAAAUUGUUGAAACUGUCAUUGAUAUGCUUCAUAUUCUUGAUUGGAACUCUGUUUUGUGCAAGAAUCUCUUUGGGAUACUUCGAGUUGCUUCGAUUUUUAAUAUAAGCAAACGUAGCAAGAACAAGUUGGAGAGUAUGAUAGGUUCUCAAAUGGAUCAAGCAGCUUUAGAUAAUCUGCUUAUUCCAUCUCCACAUGGGAUGGCUCACUUGUAUGAUAUUAAUCUUGUUUUAAGGUUCGUAAAAGCAUUUCUACAUAAUGGAAACUCGCAAGUAACUUCGAUGAGAUUGAGGAAAGUUGCCAGGUUGAUGGAUAUGUACAUAGCAGAAGUAGCUCCAGAUCCUUGUUUAAAACCUUCAAAGUUCUUAGCCUUAGCCAUGGCCUUGCCAGAUUCUGCUAGAGAUUCUUAUGAUGAAAUCUACCAUGCCAUAGACAUUUAUCUAGAGGUCCAUUCUGGAUUAUCUGAAGAAGAAAAAGCGAAAUUGUAUUGUGCACUGAACUGUGAGAAGCUCUCAGCGGAAGCUCGCAUCCACCUUUCUCAGAACAAAACAUUUUCAUCAAGAACUGCAGUUCAGGCUCUCAAAUCUCAGCAACUCAAGCUCAUGAGCCUACUGCAUGGAACCAACAACUUAAAGUGUUAUGAUGGUUCCUCUAGUAGUUUGGGAGAAAUGGGAAGCAAGGGAAAGGCGAACGAAGCCAGUGAACGACUCAUGCUUUAUACUGGAAAAUUUGAUCUUUCAUCUGAUAGUGAGAAGCUAAGGGCUCAUCUGCAAGGAAUGCAAUGUAGGGUGAUGGAAUUGGAGAAAGUUUGCAGGAAAAUGCAAACCCAGAUGACAAAAAUUAUGAAAUCAAGAGUAUCUAGCCACAGUAAUGCCAGAGCCUUACCCAAGCUUUGUUCAUAAUAGGAAUUUUUUGCUUGAUAUGUUAAAGCCUAUUUUCUGUUUCAUAUGUAUAUAGCAUGGAGAAUUUUCUUUAUUUUCCUUUUUGAGGAUCUUUAACAGUUUUUUUUUUUCUUUCAUAUUUAUGAAAAAUUUAAAGGUAACAGGGAUGAGAUCUUAUUUGUACAGCUAGUUACUGAAAAAGAGAGAAAACAUGUGAUUUUUCA